GUCGGCGGUCACACUCGAUUGCUGCUCCUCAACCAGAAUACAAUUUGCAAGCCACUGAACUGCAGAGAGCUCGACUUCUAUCAAAACAUUCCGCAAGACAUACAAAUGUUUGUUCCCAAAUUUAAAGGUGUCAUCCAGGCUUCCAGUAAUGGAGAGGUUACCUUGGAUAAACGCUACAGCCCGAGCUUCAGGGAUCAAGAUACUCGCCAAGGGAAAAAUUCCACCAAGAGGAAACGUGAUGACGUUCUUAGGAUGAGGAUCCAUCGCAAUGACAGUUCUCUGGAAGCUCUGAGAUCCGGCACUCAUUUAGACAGUUCGCCUAAUGGACAAUAUUUCCUACUGUUGGAGAACAUAACGUCCCGAUAUUCGCAUCCGUGUAUAUUGGAUCUAAAGAUGGGAACGAGACAGCACGGAGACGACGCCACUGCGGAGAAGCGAAGCAAGCAAAUUGCCAAGUGUGCAGCCACCACCUCUGCAUCCUUAGGUGUCAGGCUGUGUGGUAUGCAGGUGUAUCAGGCUGACACGGAUCACUACGUCAAGAGGGACAAGUACUGGGGCAGAGAAUUGAACGAAGAGGGGUUCAAAGCCGCGCUUUACCGGUUCUUCCACAAUGGUUUCUGUUUAAGAACGUCGGUUGUCCAGAGAGUGAUCUCGAAACUGGAGCAGCUGCGUAGGGCGAUCGAGAGGCAGAGCAGCUACCGGUUCUAUUCGUGUUCCCUGCUCCUGGUCUACGAAGGGUACCAGGUGGAGGACUUCGCGACCCACCGAGACGCGUCGCCGGCCAUGCGACGUCGGGAGGACUCGUCGAGCGACCACCUGGUCGGGUUCAUGGAGAAGAUCGGCAGGGCCUCGGACGCCUGCUACGACGCGGACACCAGCAACAACUCGAUCGACUACAACCUGUCGGUCUCGAGCCACGAGGAGGUGAGCAGCCAGGCGGCGCUGCACCGGGGCUUCGGGGAGGCCGCGGCACGCGGAGCCAACAACUCGACGGGUUUCUAUCCGAUCAACGAGGAGACGGUCUUCAUGGACCCUCCGUCGGGGCUGAUGGAGACGGUGGUCGGCCGGCCGGUGCGGAGGUCGUACCCGCCCUACGUCGACUGGACCCUGUACAGCAGCAGCAGCGGUGACGAGUACUGCUGCCCCGGGUCGCACACCCUCGUCAACUCCGAGGACACCAGCUCCGACCUGGACAUCGGCCUCGGCUCGGACAAGCUCGGCUUCCGGCGCCACAAGGACAGGUUCUCCGGCCACCUGCGCGUCUCCAGGUCGAGCUAUCGGCUCGAGGACGAGGAGGAGGAGCCCUUCGAGCGCGGCGUCGACGUGCCCAAGAGGCUAAGAGUCGUCAACGAGCCCGAGGGCGUCCCCGGCGAUCCCGCGGUCGACGUUCGCAUCAUCGACUUCGCCCACACCACCUUCUGCCACGGCGAACCCACCUCCUCCAACUCCACCGUUCACCAGGGCCCGGACUGCGGCUUCCUCACCGGGCUCGACAGUCUCAAGAGACUGCUCCUCGAGAUCCUCCAGGAGGGGUAGGCCCCCUCCGACUCGACCACCCGGAGGCGCACCUGCGACUUCCUCUCGACGGUGCACGGAUGUAUCUCAAUAAAGAUUACACUCGUGCCGAGCGGGGUGCUUACGUCUCGUGGCGGAUGAUCGCCGGGUGUCGUACAUACGCGCGUGGACCGAUGGACCGCGGGCCAAGGACGCUGCUCGACCUCGUUCGGACGAGAAGCGACGUAACUGUACCUAUGUAAAUCGUCAGCCUUGCGUCCUUUCAACGGAGGCAAGUCCCCGUCGACGACGACGGUCGCUGGUUUUUAUGAAAUCGGUAGAGAACGUUCGUACAUGGAACGAUGUUCGCGAGUCACGGCACGUGAACAAGAGAGUAACCGAGAAUACUGCUCGGCCUCGUUUGGACGAGAAGCGACGGGCGUGUACCUAUGUAAAUUGUCAACGUAGCAUACUUACACCUAGGUAACUCCUCUUCAGCGACGACGGUCGCUGAGUUUUAUGAAAUUGGGGGAGAAUGUUCAUACAUGGAACGAUACUUGCGAGUCGCGGCUAGUGGAAUUGUUCUAACCAAGAAUGCUGCUCGACCCCGGUCGGACAAGUACCGACGUACCUGUACCUAUGUAAAUUGUCAUCCUACCGUACUUCCAACGGGGGCAAGCCCUCCUCGUCGACAACGGUCUCUGAUUUCUGCCAAUUUAGCAGGUAGCGGUUAGGUCCGCCGAUCUCUUGUCGAUUCGGGCUUCGUCGUCCUCGACGAGUCCGCGAAAUGCUCACUCUCGCGGUUCCUCCUCGAUCUCGACCUGGGCAGCGUCUGUAACGUUUAUGCAUUUUAACUGACAUCACGUAGGAAAUUAAGAGCCGCAACGUGUCACGGCCUAAUUGUAGCAGCUUCAGGAAUCGGAAGAUCCGGCUGGUAGGUUGGUCGGCGAGGCGUGCCUCCGCGAAUUAGUCUUUACCAAUGGCGAGACCUCGUCGACUUCCCGUGACACCGGUCUUUGGAAUCUGGGGAACCUCUAGGGUCGCUGGAUUCCAAGAAGCUGUUGGUAUUUUGUACCUGUUCACCCUCGGCGACACCCUGAAGAGUGGUCUCGAGGUGUCACCGAGCCACGCGAUUGGGGAAACGUUAGGCCGUUUUCACCCGCACUGGCAAAAUAGGAGUCGGCGCCGGCUCUGAUCUUUACACUAACUGGAUAGCUGAUAUCCUACAAAAUGGCGGGACAUUUCGAAGUGGCCGUAGAGGCCUCUAGUUAUGGGCACGUCAACUAAUAUCGUACCAUUUGCGCAUACGUUCAAACAACGCGUCAUUCAACGUAGAUAGUAUAAGAAUGGUCAAAUUAAUUUACUGGAAGAAAUACUUGUUAUCGUUACUGGAAUUCUUACGAGACAAAAGAUAACGGUUUUGUUUCAGUCGAAGCUUUCUUACGAUAUGCCCAACGCACCAUUUUACCUGUAAAUUAUGUCUCUUCUGUUCUUUUAUAUCUUGAACGUUUACCCUCGCGAAUUGACAGUUCAAAAUUUGUUUUUGCGGCGAUUGACGGUUCGAAACUUUUACAUGUGCGCACAUGUUAAUUAUUUAGUAUCGCUGACCGUGUCUAGUGGCGCUGGGGUGCUUUGAAUUCGUCAAAGUCCUCUCCAAGAAUUUGUUAUUGCGGCGAUUGACGGUUCUAAACUUUUACACGUGCGCACAUGUUACUUGUUUAGUAUCGCUGACCGUGUCUAGUGGCGCUGGGGUGCUUUGAAUUCGUCAAAGUCCUCUCCAAAAAUUUGUUAUUGCGGCGAUUGACGGUUCGAAACUUUUACACGUGCGCACAUGUUACUUGUUUAGUUUCGCUGACCGUGUCUAGUGGCGCUGGGGUGCUUUGAAUUCGUCAAAGUCCUCUCCAGACAGAACAAAUAGGUAUCAGCUAGUCAGGUAGUAUGCAGAUCAGUGCGGUGCCGACUCCGAUGAAUGGGGAUUGGUAUCCGAGAAAGCAAUGAACAGCUCACCGACGCCUAUGAGUUUCGACAAGCGUGUACAAGUUCGCAUAAGAUUACAUUAGAAUCGGCAUCCGGCUUGCCAAGUCCAACGCCGGCGCACUGAACAGUCGGACCGGAAAUUACUAGAUUACACGUGCAAGCUCCCAUUUAUUUACAUUGCAUCCGGGAAAAACGCCAGCGUCCGCGCCGGUUUUGCCGGUGCGGUUGCAAACGGCCUUAAGGGGACGUAAAAGUGGCAUCCGAGGAGUCGAUCGUUCAUGAAACUUUUCGCUGUACCGGAUGUACCGAAUCAUUUCAUAUUUU